AUGCCCACUUUCCUUUGGCUCAUACUGUCUUUCACCCUCAACGUGAAGAGUAACAUAAUGCAAGACUAUGAAACUAUCAGCGUCAAUCUGUUGAGCCCGCCUGUAGACAAGACGAGCCUGGCUCUGCCCCUCGAUGUGGGAAAAGACAAGGUUUCUGGCUGCCUGUGUCGAGGAACUAUGGAUAGGGAGGUCGUUGUAUGUUUCGGGAACUAUGAAUGCAAGAGGUUUCCAAAGGUAAAACUGGAAAAGUGCAAAGUGUUAGUUGUGAGGACAACAAUAAUUUCAGAAAUAUUAAUCGGGGAUUUAGACUCAUACAACUAUGUCAAAGUGUUAAAAAUUGAUGGCAACAGUCGACUGGAAUAUCUACAACCAGGUUUAUUUAAAAACCUAUCAAACGUAGAAGAACUGUCGAUAUCAUACAAUACUCAAUUACAUUCUAUACAUCCAGACACUUUCACGGGACUCGUCAAACUCCAUAAUCUGACGUUAGCUAACAACGCAUUCAAAAAUAUUGGUUUAAUCACGCCAGCCUUUAGACCCACCGUCUUACCAUCAUUACGCGUCUUAGAUAUAUCCGAAAAUGCUUUUGGUGUAAUUGCAGAGGAUGCAUUUAUCCCCAUGGAAGGCUCAAAACUUAGUAGACUUGUUAUAAAUUUAUGUAGUCUUGACUAUAUUCAUGCGAACAGUUUAACGAAAUUAAAGGAGUUGAAACAGUUGCGUAUUGGAGAAAAUGACUUGUCUUCGGCGAAUAUAAUUGGCUUUUUACUGGCGCUUCAAGCAGACAACAUUAAUUUAACACAUUUGUGCCUAUCAAGUAUGGGGUUCCGGAAGAGGCCUCCAAUGGACCUAUUGAAAGUUAUCGCGAACUCUACCAUUUCAGUGCUCAGUCUCGCAGAUAAUCAAUUUGAAGUUCUGGAAGAUGAUGAUUUUCCUACGAUGCCCAAUAUAGAAUUACUAGAUUUGAGAAGAAUUUUUGUUAUGUACAUAGGAGCUUAUUCAUUCAGUCCAGUAAAAUUCCCUAAACUACGUAUCCUUCUGUUGAGCGAAAAUAAUUUACCUGGUAUUCACGUAAAGCAUAUAUCAAAUCCACAAGUUCUGCUUCUAGAUCUUUCAUCGAACAAGGGCAGGCCAACAAGACCAUUGUAUUAUGAAAUAGACCGUGGGGUGUUUAAUGAUUGUCGAGAUCUACGUUUUUUGAACCUUGCUUUUAACAGGUUAAAACAUAUGUACAACCAUACCUUUACCGGAUUAAUAAACCUAAGAAUACUUAACAUGGAAAACGGGACUAUUUUUCAUAUUGGAAACGGCACGUUUAAGCCUUUGAGGCGCCUGGAAUUGUUAAAUUUAGGAAAUAAUCCACUCACAGCAAACGAGAACCUUACAAGUGCAAUGUUUGAUGGGCUAAACGAGCUGAAGGUGCUUAUUCUGAAAAAUUGCGGAAUUAAACGUUUUUAUGACGAUGAUAACAUCUUUGAAAUGAUGCCGAAUGUCACCCAUUUAAUACUUACAAGUAACCAACUAUCUUAUAUUACUCCUGAAACAUUAAAACCAUUAAAAUACUUAAAGGUUUUAGAUUUAAGUCAAAAUUUAUUUGUAUCUUGGUGGCAAACUCUCUUUUUAGCUGCAGGCGUGCGUCCUUUAAAACUUUAUUUAAUGAACAACAAAAUAACACAUUUUACAUUAAGUAUGAUAGGAGAUAUAGAUUAUUUAUUAGAGAAUUCUAAUACCACUAGUGUUGAAAUCGAUCUCGCUGACAAUCUUUUUAUUUGCGACUGUAACGCUAUGUACAGAACCUUUAUGUGGUUGCAAGCGAAUGGUUCUGUUGCUUUGCAAAGAUAUUUUCAUACUUCUAAUGUGCAGUGCAGUAGUCCAGAUGUAUGGGAAAAUCGAAAAGUAGCGGACUACAUUUUAUCAAUUAAAAACCGGCGCUGUCUAAUCUAUAAUAAAAUCACAAAUAUGAUGUUACUAAUUUGGACCGCUCCCUCAUUAGUUUCCAUAGCUCUUCUUAUAAUGAUUCUAGUAGUUAUUUAUAAAUAUAGAAUAUACAUAAGAUACUGGAUAUUCUUAGCCAAGAUAGCGAUAGGACGAAAAUUCAUUAGAUACUCAAUCAAAACUAAAAGCGAUCAGAAGGGUUACAAAUACGAUGCGUUUGUAUCAUAUUGCAACGAUGAUAGACAAUUUGUUCUAGAUAUGACAAAGGAGUUGGAAGCAAAACCUCCUUUUCUAAAACUUUGUAUUUACGAAAGAGAUUUCGAGAUUGGUUCUUUUAUAUCCGAAUCUAUAUUAGGUAGUAUAAAUGAAAGUAGAUAUAUAAUCUUAAUUGUAAGCAAUGCGUUUGCCAAAUCUCAAUGGUGUAGAUGGGAGACCCAUUUGGCGGAAUACCACAGAUUAUUUUUAGAAGAUGGGUCACCGUACGACCCGUUAGUAUUAAUCAAGAUUGGGGAAGUAGAUAGCAAGUAUCUUACUACUACGUUAAAGUACUUGCUUAAGACAAAGAUAUACCAUACGUGGGACGAACAAAAUCCAGAAGACUUUUUUAUCAGAUUAAGAAAUGUUUUAGUUAAAAAUAAAUGA